CCUGCCCGGCCGCGGCUGCCGCCGCCCCCUCCUCGCCGCCCCGCCGGCCGCUUCGCGCUCCUCAGAACGUCCUGGAGCAGAAGGAGGAUUUGAAGCCGGUCCCCGCCGCCCCUGCGGAACAACGGCCGCUCCUGCCUCGCUCAGGACGAAAUGAGCUGAUUGCCCGCUAUAUUAAGCUGAGAACAGGGAAAACACGCACAAGGAAACAGGUAUCUAGUCACAUCCAGGUCCUGGCAAGGCGGAAAGCUAGAGAGAUCCAAGCCAAGCUCAAGGAUCAGGCAGCUAAAGAUAAAGCCAUGCAGAGUAUGGCUACAAUGUCAUCUGCCCAGAUUAUCUCUGCAACUGCCUUCCAUAGUAAAAUGGCCUUGCCUGGUCUCCCACGACCAGCCUACCCUGCUGUUUCUGGGUUUUGGCAAGGAGCUUUGCCAGGCCAAGCUGGAUCUUCCCAAGACGUGAAACCUUUUUCUCAACAACCUUAUGCUGUACAACCUCCUCUACCAUUACCAGGGUUUGAGUCUCCUACUGGCCUCUCGCCUUCCCCAUCAGCACCAGCUUGGCAAGGACGAAGGGUUGCUAGCUCCAAACUUUGGAUGUUAGAAUUCUCUGCAUUCUUGGAACAACAACAAGACCAAGACACAUAUAACAAACACCUGUUUGUGCACAUUGGGCAGUCAAGCCCCAGCUACAAUGACCCCUACCUUGAGGCAGUGGAUAUCCGGCAGAUCUAUGACAAGUUCCCUGAGAAAAAAGGGGGCCUGAAGGAGCUUUUUGAAAGGGGGCCAGCCAAUGCCUUCUUCCUUGUCAAAUUCUGGGCUGAUUUGAACACCAAUAUUGAAGAUGAAUCCAGAUCUUUCUAUGGCGUUUCCAGCCAAUAUGAGAGCCCAGAAAACAUGGUCAUUACCUGUUCCACCAAAGUAUGUUCCUUUGGAAAGCAGGUGGUGGAGAAAGUGGAGACAGAGUAUGCACGCUAUGAAAAUGGACACUAUUCCUAUCGCAUUCACCGUUCCCCUCUCUGUGAAUACAUGAUAAACUUCAUUCAUAAACUCAAGCACCUUCCUGAGAAGUACAUGAUGAACAGUGUGCUGGAGAACUUUACUAUCUUACAGGUUGUGACAAACAGGGACACACAGGAGACGUUGCUGUGCAUAGCAUAUGUUUUUGAGGUGUCAACUAGUGACCACGGUGCCCAGCAUCACAUCUACCGACUGGUGAAGGACUAGAGACUCUCUGCCCUGAGUCGUCCAUGGGAUGCAUGUCUAAGAAAAAAGCCUGUGCUUGAACAACCCCUGCCCCCUCAUACCAAACUGACAAAUAAACUGCAGAUAUUGUGUAUUUUCAGAAAAGCA